AGAAUAUAGAGUUCUCUAGCGAAUACACUAUACAAGUAGUCUAAUAGCAAUCGACACCACAGCUUACCCACGAACAAGGUUGGCAAAAUUCAUAUAAAACGUACUUGGUUUGAUUACUAAACGCUACAUUUCACAGCAGAACACAGAAAACACUUAGAUCUCACAUCAAGAAAUCCGAGUUUUGAAUAAACGCUCAGUAAGACAUGCACAGGAGUCAGCGCAGCAACAACCUCAACAAUACAACGGAUGCUAUCAACAACGAUGCUCACGACAUCGCGACGGCAUUCUCAGGCAGCAACCUAAAUGUAAAUGAUGGAAUCGAUGGUAUCACGGGCAGAAGCACGCGCACGCGCACUCGCAGUAGAUCGUCCGAUCGCACUGAACGCCCCACACUCAAACGCCGAGUAACACAACUCCUGGCUAAUAUACGCGAUGGCAGUGGUAGUAGUACAGGCAGCAGCAGCAGCAGGCAUGUUGGGGACGGUCGCUCUGGCUCAGCCCGGUACGCGAGUAGCAGUAGCAACUCACACAACCGAUUGACAGCCAGUUCGAGAUGGUUGAAUCCUAAAAAUAGAUCGCUCACAUCCAUACUGGACUCCCUGGCGGCCUGGAAGGAGAUGGAACCAAACGAGGUGCUGGAGUGUCUGUGCAGAUUCCAAGUGCAAAUUGAGAGUGAAGAAGAAUUGGCUACCAUGUCCAAGUCGGAGCGGCAGAGUACGGCCCUGUCCCGUGCGGUGCGUCCCAUCAGUGAGAUACUACGCGUCGCACUGGAAGACAGAGCCAUGCUCCUCAUUAACCAGUCGCUUGUGUGUAUGCGCCAGGUAACAAAAGGAGAUGCUGUUGCGAUAGAGAUGGCGACUAAUUUACAUGUACCCCAGCUUAUAAAGGAUGUGAUGGUGCAGAAUCCACGCGAUGCGGUCAUUCAACGCAACUGCUACAUGGUGUACAGAUCUCUUACCUUCCACCGAGCUGACAACCAGCAAUACAUCGUACAGCAACUAGACGUUGUGCCUCUCGUCUGCAAGGCGAUGAGGAACAUGCCAAACAAUCCCUCGUUACAAGCGGCCGGGUUUAUGUUGAUUCAGAACGUCACAUGGCUGGUAGACGCGAAUAGAUGUGUAGUAGAUUCAGAUGGCGGAAUCCAGCUGAUUCUAGACGCCAUGAAGCGAUUCCCCUUCGAUACCGAACUCCAGAAAUGGGGGUGUGGAGCGAUCCAAAACCUUGCUUGUAGUAUAGAUUGCACGGCAAAGAUUGUGAAGAUGAAAGCCUUGGAUGUUGUGCUCGCAGCAAUGCGACACUUUCCCUCAAAUGUGGUCAUGCAGAACUACGGUCUAGGUGUGAUGCGAAACUUGUCUUUCCUGAAGACCAACCGCGUCGCUGUGGCGAUGGGGGGGGACACUAUAGCUCUGGCUCUAGCGGCAAUGAGCAAGCAUUUUGACUCCAUUGAGGUACAAUCGAGUGCAUGUUCAUUCCUCUUUAAUGUUAUCAUAGAUGUAGAAGAAAACCGAGAGAUUCUACUGAAAACAAAGGAUUUUCUACCUAUGCUGUUCACAUUCAAACGCCGACACGACCAGGAUCUGCGGUUCUACGAGAAGUCUAAUGCUCUGCUGGAACAACUAGCAAGGGGUACCGAGGGCUCCUGUUACAUUGAUCUUGGGGAAUGUAAGACUGCAUUCAGUCUGAAGGAGUUGGCUGCACGGACUGUCGCGUAUCAUCUGAAGAAACCUGUAUCACUUGGGUGUGAAGACACCAGCAUGCUCUUUCCGGAUCUGAAGAACUGUUUAAAAGACGCACGGGACUGCGAUUGGUGCGAGAAGAAGUUCAUACAGUACACAGAUAUUGCAUACAAAUCCAAACCAGAUAGAUGGGCUUUAAGGCGUGUAUGUAGUAGAAACUGUCUGCAGAAUGUUAUCGAUGACACUGUCAGUAGGAACAAGUCUGUGCUCGCGGUCGAGGUCGAAUCAGCUGCUCUGGUAGCGUAAAGCGUCCCGACUAGUUAGUAUAUGGUUCGAGGCUCACCAUAGUAUAGCUGAUAAACCCUGAUGUAUAGUAUAUAUCGAUACAUACGGAGGCGCCAACACAACAUGCGAAGGCGGCGACGCAGCACAGGGGCAUAUAGAAGCAUACAAAAGAAACAGUCAAAAUAGUAAAAGUCAAAGUCAAAGAGAAAGUAAAGUCAAGACAAGUACAGAGAAAGAGAAAGCCAAGAUAGGUACCGGGAAAGAGAAAGAGAAAACCAAGAGAGGUACUGAGAAAGAGAAAGAGAAAGUAAAGACAAAGAGAAGAUACAUGUAAAUAGAAUAAAUUCGAACAAGUUCAAACAAAUAUGAAUUGUAACAUUAUUAGCCUACGAG